AUGGCACUUUUGCCGUUUGCCUUGGGCAAGUUGGGUUUCCAACUAUAUCCACUCAUUCCUACUCAGCCCAUGGCCGAGAUGCUCGGCGUCAGUGAGAACUGCGUCAAGGCGCUGAACACUACGUUGCCGUGUGAUGAUGACCUCUUCAGGUGGACUGUCAAGGUCGACGACGUCUACUGGACUGAGCAAGACGUCAGCACCCUUUGCGUCCCGGACUGUCAAGCCGACGCCCGGACAUGGACGGAGACCGUCGCCUCCGCCUGCUCCGAGGACUGGCUCGUCGUCGGCGACCGCGCCGUGCCGGCCGAGACUCUAAGUCUCCGGUUCGUCGAAGGCCUGGAGAUGGCCUGCUUGCGCGACACAGGCAGCCAGUGGUGUCUCCCCGCGUCCUACAACUGGACCGGCUCGGACGUCGUGCAGGUCGACUGCGCCGCAAACCCCGCCGACCCGUGGUGCAUCAACCCGGCCAACGUGUCUGCUGAGAACAGCCGCAUCUCCACCCUCUAUGACGACGACCUCUUGUGCUCCGAGUGUUUCCUCAACAUGAUGUACCGCAGGGUGACCUCGGAGUUCCUCCCGGACACUGACCACUCUGACUACCUCGUCAGCGAGUUCCAGGACAUCCAGUCUGUCUGUCAGACGAGCGUCGGCCCCCUGGCGACGCGCGCCGUCCCGCUGUAUCCCUACGCAUCGGAGCUGCAAGAGCUCAACGAAACGGCGCCGGAGCCGACAGGUACCCCGUCCACCGGGGCACCCAUCGUUGGAGAUGACGGUCUUCCCUGGGACCCGGAAGAAGACCCCGAUGAUCCCGGCAUCGACGAGGAGAUUCCCGACGGCGAAGAGGACCCCGAUGAAGCCGAGCCGGAGCCGGAGCCCGCCGAGCCCGUCGUGCCCACCAACUGCACCGCACGUGCUGUCGAUGUCCGGUACGCAAGCCUGGACGGUAUCGAGGCGUGCAACGAGCUCGGCGAGGAGUAUGGCGUCGCGACGGGCCAGCUCAUGUACGCAACCGGCGCAGACGAUUGUUACUCGUACGACUUUGUCUGCGUACCGGAGGCCUGUCAGCUGCUCCGCGUCAAUGCCGGGGACACUUGCGAGACUAUUUCGAAAGCCAUCUCCAACGACACAGAUCCAGUAAGCGUGGCACAGCUCAUGACUUGGAACCCCAACCUCAUGGGUGCUUGCGACUUCCUGGCCGAGAGCCAGUACAUCUGCAUCUCACGACCUGGCGGCACCUGGGUCAAGCCCCCCGAUGCAGAUAUCCCCGAGAACUCGAACGGACCAGUCCGCGGUGGUCCGGGAAGUACCGAGACCCUCCCCAUCGUCACGGACCCCUCCACCGUCCCGGACGACCGCAAGCAAGAGGGCAUCCCGGCCAACUGCAACCGGUUCGUCAAGGCGGACAACACAGCUGCCUCGUGCUGGAAGAUCGGCAACGACGCCAAAAUCACCCAGACGCGGCUGUGGGAGCUGAACCCGGCCCUCGGUGCCAACGGUGAGCACUGCGGCACCCAAAUCUGGCUCGACUACUACUACUGCGUCGGCACGGCCGAGGACGGCACCACCACCCCGACGUCUACGCAGAGCGGCCCCGCCACGACCGCCUCGGCGACGGCCUCGUCGGUGCCUAAGCCGACGCCGCAGCACGAGGGCACCGACCCCACCUGCAACAAGUGGACGCAGGCGGGCGAUGGUGCCGGGUGCUGGCAGCUCGCCACGGACGCGGGCGUCGACCUCGCCCUCUUCUACAAGUGGAACCCCGUCCUGGGCGCCGACGGCGAGAACUGCGGCAGCAUGAUCUGGCCGACGUACUACUACUGCGUCGGCGUCUCAUCCGCCGCCGUGACACCCACUACCACAGUGGCACCCCCGGCGACGACGACGGCCCCGGCCAAGCCCACCAACACGCAGGCCGGGAUCCCGGCCAACUGCAGCCGAUUCGCGCAGGCCGGAGACGGCGCGUCGUGCUGGCAGCUCGCAAGUGACAACGGCAUCGACCUGUCGGUCCUGUUCGCCUUGAACCCCGUCCUUGGGCCCGCGGGAGAGAACUGCGGCACGCAGAUCUGGCCGGACUAUUACUAUUGUAUCGCGACAAGUUGA